UGGCCGCUGUUCAUAAUCAGUGGGCGGGGAGUUGAUAGGAUCUUAUGUUUACUAAAAUUUCGUAGGAUAUUUCGCCGAGUGCUAAAUCCAUUUCCAAUAUGAUACGAUUUAUCCUCAUACAAAACAGGGCUGGUAAGACUAGGCUGGCGAAGUGGUACAUGAAUUUUGACGAUGACGAGAAACAAAAAUUGAUAGAAGAAGUUCACGCAGUGGUUACCGUCAGAGAUGCGAAGCACACAAACUUCGUCGAGUUCCGCAAUUUCAAGAUAGUGUACAGGCGGUAUGCUGGCCUAUAUUUUUGCAUCUGUGUUGACGUUAACGAUAACAAUCUCUGUUACCUGGAAGCGAUACAUAAUUUUGUGGAGGUAUUGAACGAAUACUUCCACAAUGUAUGCGAGUUGGAUUUAGUCUUUAAUUUUUACAAGGUGUACACCGUCGUGGACGAAAUGUUUUUAGCUGGCGAGAUCAGAGAGACGAGCCAGACCAAAGUGCUCAAGCAGCUCUUGAUGUUAAAUUCCUUAGAAUAAAUGGACUCGUUGAUCUCGGCUUUAUGUGUUAACAAUGCAUGAUCUGAAUAUAUAAUACGUGUUCCCAACGAUGAAUUGUACAUCCAUAUUGUGUAGAUAUGUCGCGUAAGACACGUACAUAAAUACUCUAUGUAACGACGUCGUUUAGAUGACCCUCGGUAAUCAUUUGUUUCAUGAAAAAAAAAAA